AUGAUUGGCAAUAAUAUAGCAGAACACUUGAAAUGGGUGGAAUUUAAUAAGCCCCAGAUACCUAAUCCAAAGAUCAUUGGCAUCUUGGCGAGUAUGGGUUCUGAUCUGGGUAUGAAUAAUAUAACUAGGAAGUCUAAUGGAUCGGGUCCACUUAUCAUAAAUUCAUCGGUUGAUUUGCAACUGACUGUUCCAAGAUCUAGUACUACUAGCGUCGCCAUAAACAUACGAUCGCCAUCGGAUCAGCCAUUGCAACAAUCUACUCAGACAAACAACGAUAAUGGGACACUGGCAACGCCAGGUAUAAGGCAGGAAGUAAUCAGAAGUCGUGUUAGUAGAGAAUCUACAGUUGACAGUGCAAACAGGAGUGUUAACCAUGAGAGCUUGCAAUCAGAUAGGAAGCUCAAUACCGUCAAAAGCAACAAUUGGAAUGCAAAUCAUAAUAGCGACAAAGAAAAAGAUAACGACGAUGUAAUAGACCUCACCAUGGAGACUCCUAGAAGUCAAAAAAAACAGAAGUUGAAUCCAGAUAAUCAGGGGUUGCUUCAGCAGGCAUACAUACGAAUUUGUGAAGACAAGAUAGCACUUUUAAUGGAAAGAUAUACCACUAUUGAAUCUACUUCAAUCUCACUUGAUGAUAAAAAGAACUACCUAAAGAAAACAUUUGAACCUAAAUUCAAACAUAUUAACGAGAAUCAAGCUAGCUUGAGAAGUAGACUACUGUUUUUGAAGAACGAUUUGCAACGCCAUGAUAAUACACCUAACCUUAAUGAAUCUAAUGAAAUUCCUAAUUUUGAUUCAGACAGGAUUUCUGAUUCACCAAAGGAUAUAAAUGCAAUCGAUAAAAUUGACUUUUGCUCUCAAUUCUCAGAGAUCAAUCAAAGUAGCAUUGCGAAAGCUAUGAAUACCCGGGAAAAUUUAGAACCUUCAAACAAUGAAGAAAAUGAGGUUCAUUUAGUUCAUGAAUCUUCUUCGCCAUCGAGGUAUGCUGAAAAUUUGAACGAGGCAAGACAGCUUGUUAUGCAAUCUAAUUUGAGGAACAAGCUGGAUCCUCCUAAAAUAAGUUAUAAUAGCGAGAGUGAGGAUGAUGAGGAUAAUUUUGGAAAUAAUACUAUGGAUGGCUUACGAACGCCUAGCCAAGAACGAAAUGAUGAGUAUGACCUUGGCAGUUUUAUCGAAUUUGAACAAGAAAAUUUGGACAAUGAAUCUGUUGAUGAAUCUUACGUCGAGUCUCAAAGAAACAAGCAUGAGUCAGACCAUUCUGAUAACUACACCGAACAUGACAGCGAUGGUGAGAUUGACAAUAUUAGAUUAAGUUCAGAUGUAGCUGAGAAUUUUGGCAUAAAAUACAAUGAUUUGCCUAAUUCCGAAAUUGAUCUCAUCUCAAACAUCGACAAUAAUAGUGAUAUUAUCGAUGAAAAUGGUGAUGAUGAUGAAGUCGAAGAAAUAGAGGAUUUUACAACUCAAUUAAAUCAAGAAAGAGAAUUAAAUAAUACCGAAGAUGUAAUUGAAAUAAGCUCUGACGAUGAAGACUUCGAUGUAUUUGUUAAACCUUCAGCAAAUACAAAUACACUAGUGGAAACGAAACCAAACCCGCUUAUUAUGUCUAAGUCUCCACUCACAGAAAACAGUAUAGCGAUGAACUUACCAUCCCAGCAUUUAGAUAGUGAUAUUGAUUUUAGCGACGAUGAAGAUGAAUUAAUCAAUAUUUUGAAUAACCAUAAACCAAAUAAGGAAAACAUUCCUCCCAACUCAGAAGCAUUUAUCAAAGAGGUUUAUAGUAAAUUAAAUUCUGUAUUUAAACUUUCGGGCUUUAGGCCUAAUCAAUUAGAAGCUAUAAGUUCAACUUUGAAUGGAAAAGAUGUGUUUGUGCUUAUGCCUACUGGAGGAGGUAAAUCAUUAUGUUAUCAAUUACCGGCCUUGAUAAAAACAGGUAAGACUCGGGGUACCACAAUCGUGGUAUCGCCGCUAAUAUCUUUAAUGCAAGAUCAGGUUCAGCAUCUAUUGAACAAAAAUAUUAAGGCAGGAAUGAUAAGUUCAAAAGGCUCUGCAUCAGAACGGAAAUUGAUACUUGAAUCAUUUAGGAAUGGUCAAUUAGAUUUGGUAUACUUAUCUCCUGAAAUGAUCAAUGCAUCACAACAUAUCCAAAGAAUCAUAACAAAGCUUUACGAUAUGAAUAAGUUAGCUAGAGUUGUUGUUGAUGAAGCUCACUGUGUGAGUUCUUGGGGGCAUGACUUUAGACCUGACUACAAAGGUAUGAAUUACUUUAAGCACAAUUACCCUAAGGUACCUAUUAUGGCACUAACUGCAACUGCGAAUGAAAAAGUUAGAAUGGAUAUUAUUCACCAUCUUAAAAUGGGUGAUCCAAUAUUAUUGAAGCAAAGUUUCAAUAGAAUAAACUUGUUUUACGAAAUUAAAUGGAAGACAUCAAAUACUUUAGAAUGGAUAAAAAAUUAUAUCUUGACUAAGCAAAUGAAUAAAACGGGUAUUAUAUAUUGCCAUUCAAAACAGUCCUGUGAGCAAACUUCUGAAAAACUAAAUGAAUGGGGAGUAAACGCUUCGUACUACCAUGCGGGACUCUCGCCUACUGACAGGUUUGAAAUCCAAAACAAAUGGCAGCAAAAUAAACUACAAAUUAUAUGUGCAACAAUUGCUUUUGGUAUGGGUAUUGAUAAGCCUGACGUUCGAUAUGUUAUCCAUUUGUUUAUUCCUAGAACUCUAGAAGGAUAUUAUCAAGAAACAGGGAGAGCUGGUAGAGAUGGAGCUUACUCUGAAUGUAUAAUGUUUUAUUCGUAUAAGGAUGCCAGAUCGUUGCAGAAUAUGAUUCAGCGAGACGAAGAAUUAGAUCGAGAGGGUAAAGAAAAUCAUUUAGCAAAGUUGAGGCAGGUUGUUCAAUACUGUGAAAACACUACGGAUUGCCGGAGAAAACAAGUUUUGCACUAUUUUAAUGAGCAGUUUAACCCAAAAACGUGCGAUAAGAAGUGUGACAACUGCAUUAAUUCAAGUAAUAUUACUAUCGUCGAAAAAGACGUUACAGGGUACGCAAAAGAUAUAUUAAAAUUGGUAAAGUCAAUUCAGGAUGACAGAGUCACUGUUUUGCACUGCCAGGAUGUAUUUAAGGGUUCAAACAAUAGCAAGAUCAUGAAAUUUGGGCAUAAUCUCAAUCCAUACCAUGGUAAAGGUAGAGUACUUGAUAAAACCGAUGUUGAAAGAAUAUUUUUCUACUUAUUAAGUGAAGGUUGUCUCUGUGAAUAUCAAAUUAUGAAAGGAGGUUUUGCUUCGAACUAUGUUAGACUAGAUAAGCAGGCGGAAUCUGUAUUAAACGAUAGAAAAUUUAUUAAGAUAAAUUUCAGUUCUCAAAGUAAACAAAGGUCUAUAGGUACUACAUCUAAUGGAAGUACGAAUCCCACAAAUGGAGGUACCAAUCCCACAAAUGGCAUUCAGUUCCAAUCAUUUGUCAGUGCGUCGCGUAUACAAAUCCCUUCCAUUCCUGGCUUUGCUGGUGCUGGGGGACAUGAUAACGAGUAUAUCAGGCAUUCUUUAAAUGAAUUGAAUAAUAUGAGGAUGCAAGUAAUGGUCGACUUGGGCUUGGGUUCGGCAGAAAGCGUACUAAGUGAUGCAACAUUGACAGACAUGGCCCAUAAAUUGCCUACUAACAAGCGCGAUUUUGGUAAAUUGACUAAUAUCACUAAGGAACAAUUAAAUUACUUCCCGCAGUUCAAAAAAUUACUAGGUAGCUUGUCGAAAGAACGGAAAAAUCAAGUAUCGGGCUCGUCAUCUAGCACUACAUCUCCAUACUUUGGAAAUCAGCCAGAUUUUAAUGAUCCUAGCACAUGGAGAAGCAUAUAUUCUCAGACCGAGAAUUCAACUGCAUACGUAAAUAUCAAAAAUAAAUAUAGCAGAGGUAACAAAAAGUUGAGUCAAUCGAGCCAAAGAGGCUACAAAAGUCAAAGGGGCCGUACCCAAAAGACUCAGCGAAGUCAAAGGAGCCAAAGGAGCCAGCGUGUAUCUAAACCGAAGCCAACCCAGAAAAACACCACAAGAGGCAUGCCUUUAUAA